GAGCUUUGGGCAGCUGUUAGAGCGAGUUUGAGACAAAAAAGUUACAAUUUAGAUAGCUUUGGUUUUCUCCCCAACAACUCCAGAAACAUAUUAGAAUGAGCGAGAUUGUGAUGUAUAUUUCCUUUUUAUAGUCUGAAAUAUCUUAUUCCUGGAGAGCGGACAAGUUUAAAAUAUGAUAUAGGUCCCAUUGUGACGGAGUUUGUGAAUGGGAGUCAGCGGAAGGAUACAGCGGAAGUAACGUCGGCGUACUCAGCUGUGUUGAGAGUCACUGGUGCACCGAGAGAGACGUUAGGAUAUACGUAUGGACAGUUUGUGUGGAUUUACCAGAAACUUCGCCUUAUAGAACGCAUGGGGGACACUGAAUACAUUUAUAAAAUACACAGAUGAAGUAGGUCUGCGAGAAUGACCCCUGGUGUACAGCCGCAGAGGCCAGGGUGGGGCUACCAGCUCCCCCUGGGGGUCACCCUGGGAACUUACCUGCUUUGCUUACUUAUACAAGUGACUUCAGCCAAGCUAAGCUACACCCCUAUGACCAGGGAUAGAUUCCAUUUCACACAACCUGUAUAUAAUGUGACGAUCCCAGAGGGAGCCACGGGGAAGACGUAUGCCAUCCCUCAAACAAAAAUGGGAAUUUGGGUUAGCGACCCAGAUGUUAAAAUCCGAUAUAAAAUAACUGCUGGGGAUCCAGAGAAUCUUUUUAAAGCAGAAUCAAAACUCAUUGGUGAUUUUAGUUUUCUCAAUAUUAAAAUGCGGACAGGGAGUGACACAAUGUUGAACCGUGAGGUCAAAAGUGAAUACACCCUCCAGAUAAAAGCCAAAACAAAGACCAAGGAUGAGCGACGUUUUGAUGCUAUAGCAACAGUCAGAAUUAAAGUGGAGGACAAGAACGAAUUACAACCAUUUUUUUACCCAAGAACAUAUAAUGUAAAUGUGGAUGAAGACACUCCUCUACAUCAAAGUUUGCUUGCGGUCUCUGCGUCGGAUGCUGACGAGGGGAUGAAUGGUGAGGUGUACUACAGCUUUGUGCAGUCUACCGAAAUGUUUGCUGUUCACCCAUCAACUGGAGUUAUCACGCUUACACAACCCUUGAAUUUGGAGGAGCAGGAAACCUAUGAGUUGGAUGUUACUGCUAAAGAUCGUGGAAUUGGAACUAAAACUGGAGCAGACACGGCUAAAGUGACCAUCAAAGUGAUCAAAGUCAACCUGCAUGCUCCGGAAAUCAAACUUCUGCCUCAUUCUUCUGUGUAUGAGCACGGCAGUGUGGGAACAGUGUACGCCAUUUUGAGCAUAUCAGAUCCUGAUAAGGGUCGAAAUGGGCAGGUUGAUACUGUGAAAAUUAUAGAUGGAGACACUGAUGGUUAUUUCACCAUCCAUCAGCGGAGGAAGACUGGCGAGUUCACCAUUGAGGUUGCCCAGUCACUAGAUCGGGAGCUAAUGCCUGGAGGAUACAAUCUUACUGUCAUAGCGAGAGAUCGAGGAGUUCCGCCUAAGACUUCUGCAGUGAGCAUUCCAAUUGAGAUAUUAGACUUAAAUGACCAAUCACCUCAGUUUCGUGACAGUUACAAGAUUUCAGUUGAAGAGAUAGUCCCACCAAACACGCCUUUAGUGUUCGUUAGUGCCUUUGAUAGGGAUAUCGGCCUUAAUGCUAGGUUAAGGUACAGCAUUACCAAGGGAAAUGACCUUGGCUGGUUUAAAAUUAAUACCACAAGUGGACUUAUUAGCACUGCAGAAUGGCUCGAUGCUGAAACAACACAGAACAUCGUAUUAACUGUGCUUGCAGCUGAUUCUGGUAAUCGAGGAACAAGACGUAAAGGAAAAACAUUGGUCACAGUGAAGAUAGUGGACAGCAAUGAUAAUUCUCCUGAGUUCAAAACAUCAGUUGUGGAAGAUAUUGAGAUUGAUGAAAACCAACCAAUAGGAACCUUUGUUACUAAAGUUGAAGCUGUAGAUUUGGAUUCAGGAGAAAAUGGCUAUGUUAGUUACAGCAUCGCCAAUGUGCAGCAGGUGCCCUUCAAGAUCAACCAUUUCUCUGGAGAAAUCACAACCACUGAGAGCUUGGAUUAUGAGACCAUGAAAAGGACUUACAAACUGAGAGUACGCACCUCAGACUGGGGGUUGCCAUACCGACGAGAAACAGAGACAGUCUUUACAGUCAAGCUUCGUCCUUUGAAUGAUAACAAACCAGUGUUUGAGGAGGUUGAAUGUGCCGGCUAUUUGUCCAGAGAAACACCUCUUCGGGCAGACAUAGUGACUGUAUCAGCCUUGGAUUUGGACAUUGGAAAUAUUAUCACAUAUCAGCUGGUCAAGGGAAACGAAGACCAGUGUUUUGACUUGAGUGCUAGCACAGGGAAGUUGAUACUCACUUGCGAUCUCAGCUCCGUAUCUUGGGAGAGGCGUGUGCUUGUGAUUAGGUCCUUCGACCAGACCAACUACUCUGACAAUAUGACAAUCACCUUGGAUCUAGUGAACAGCAACAGUAAUGGCCGUCUUGUCAACGAUCAGAAAGUCCACUGCAAGGCCACUGGUAUCACCCAGCUCAUGAGCGAAGCUGUGAAAACCUCCGAGGAUGUGAACAAAAAUGAGGACGUGGUUGAUAAAAUGGAGGAGAUGGUUCAGCACCAGUUUAAAAAUCGCUAUGCCCCAACCUUUGACCUCGUUAGUGGCAUCAAGACCAUAGAUGAAGGCCAGCCUGUUGGCUUUUCUGCUUUUGGUGUGCAUGCUUCAGAUGAUGAUUCUGGUUACAAUGGGGAAGUGGUCUAUGUAAUCGCCAGUGGUAACGAGGAUGGUGCUUUCAAAGUGGAUACAAAAACUGGGAAGAUUGUCGUCAUGUCAGAUGUGGACCGUGAGCGCCAGUACCAAUACAAGCUGAACAUCACAGCCUAUGACUUGGGUCAGCCCCGCCACUCUGCCUCAGUGGUUGUCACAGUGUACGUAAACGAUGUCAAUGACUACGCCCCAUCUUUUAAAAAUGCACCGUAUUUUGCGACUGUUUCAGAGAGUGAGAAAGCAGGCACCACUGUGUUACAGGUAUCCACUGAGGAUAUGGAUUCAGGAUCCAAUGCAGAGGUCAGCUACUUCCUCCAGUCCAAUACGGACCUUUUCCACAUCAACAAUGUCACUGGCGUGAUCACAACCAAAAUGCAGUUGGACCGCGAGGUACGACCUCAGUACGUACUGGACAUAAUGGCCAAAGACCAUGGCAAGCAGAAACAGUUGUCAUCGUUUACAACUGUCACUGUGAAUGUUGGCGACAUCAAUGAUGAACCUCCCAAAUUUGAGCCGGAGGUCUACCGCAUGCGUGUCCGUGAAGACUUGCCGGUGGGGAGCACUAUUCUCACCAUUACUGCUCGUGACCCUGACCUUGGCCAGGGAGGAAUAGUGCGAUACAAUCUAAUUGGUGGUUCGGAUGACAAAUUUGCCAUUGAUCGCCUCACUGGCACCAUACGGAUAGCCAAUUCAUUAGACUAUGAACGCAAGCAGCUGUACAACAUAACUGCACGUGCAAGGGAUCGUGGUGACAACUCUCUUACAUCGACAUGCACUGUUCUGAUAGAGGUGAUUGAUGUCAACGAGAACUUAUAUCCACCUAAAUUCAGGGAUUUCUUCAUGGUCACAGUGGGUAAGGUGAAAGAGAACGAGGCAGUAGGAACCAAGGUCAUUCAGGUCAUUGCCCAUGAUGAUGACGACUCUCCUGAAGACAGUGCUAUCAUCUACUCUAUCAGAGAAGGCAGUGGAUUGGGCCGCUUCACUAUAGAGCAAGAUGGUUGGAUUCGUACUAACGAGGUGUUGGACCGCGAGAGCCAAGCCCGCUACUGGCUCACUGUGUAUGCUCAGGACAGAGGUGCCGUGCCCCUGCACUCAGUGGCCUGGGUUCUUGUGGAAGUGGAGGACAAAAAUGACAACAGUCCUCAGACGCCAGAACCAAUCUAUUACGCCUCCGUGAAAGAGAACAGUCCGUCCGGUGUGUCGGUGAUCCAGAUUGAGGCAGAGGAUGAAGACGAGGAUUCGGGGCUUACCUACGAAAUCAAGACCGGGAAUCCUCAGGCAUUCUUUAACAUUGACAGAAAAACAGGUCUCAUCACGACCACCAACAGGAAGUUGGACAGGGAAGCACAGGACCAGCACAUUCUGGAGGUCCUCAUUUCUGACAAUGGCUCGCCUCAGUUGAUGUCCAUUACCAGGAUUGUUGUCAACGUGGAGGACGAAAACGAUGAGAAGCCAGUGUUCAAAGGACAGGACAGGGCAAUCCGUAUCCAGAUCCUCGAGACGGACCGCACGGACGUGCCACUGUUCAGGAUGGUGGCUUUUGACAAUGACGUGGGAGCCAAUGCUCAGAUUGAUUACUUUAUCAUGAACGGGAAAGAGAAUCUCAAGUUUAAUAUCAACCCACAGACAGGGGAGUUGUACCUGAAGGCAAGGAGUCUGGAUGUGGGAACAUAUGACAUACAGAUUAAAGCCAAUGAUGGCGGAAACCCCCAGCAGAGUAGUACAGUGUGGGUAAAAGUCUCCGUUGUAAGCAGACCAACUGAGUCGCCUACGGCACCCAGGUUUAGCUCCGAAGGUUUCAAGUUUUACAUCAGUGAGAGCAAGCCUGUGGGGAGUCAGGUCGGCUUGGUAGAGGCUCAGGACGGGGAUGGAGACAAGAUAUGGUUUUAUAUAACAAGUGGAGACCCGGAAGACCAGUUUUUCAUUGAUGUUGAGAGUGGUGAGAUUGGUAUUGCCAACCCACUGGAUAGAGAACUCCGGUCCAGCUACAACCUUACUGUUACUGUCACAGACGGAGUGCACACUGUUGCAUCAUGGGCUCACAUCACAGUGAUGGACGUCAACGAUAACACACCUCAGUUCACGGAGAGUCACUACGCCGCGGUGGUGUCAGAGAGUGCGCCGGUGGGCACCAGUGUCAUCACCGUCACAGCCACUGACAAGGACGAAAACAAACAGUUGUUCUUCAGCAUCCACAGCGCGGCAGACAAGAGCAGCACCAGGUUGUUUGAGAUUGGUGAUCAUAGUGGUGUGAUUUCCACCAAAGAGAGACUUGACCGCGAAUCCAUUGCCCAGCACAAACUGACCAUCAUGGUCCGGGAGGAGGGGGCGACGUCCACCAUGUCCCAUCGUAACCUCACACGGGUGGUCAUCGACGUGCUUGACCACAACGACCACCCGCCAGAGUUUUUGUCCGGCAGUUUCAACGGGCGUGUGUUUGAGACGGCGGCCAUUGGGACUUCAGUGGUACAGGUGAUGGCCACGGACAAAGACAAGGGCGAGAAUGCCGAGAUUCAUUACACCAUUGUUACAGGUAACAUAGGGAAUACAUUCUCUAUAGAUGAGAAGCUGGGUAUCAUAACAGUGUCUAAACAGCUGGACAGAGAUCUGCAGUCUAAGUACACUCUCAGUGUCAUGGCCACAGACAAUGGUAUUCCCAGUCACAGCACCCAGACCAACGUCAAUAUAGAUGUCACUAUCUCCAACAACGCCCCGCCAAAGUUUGAACAGGACGAAUACACCGCAGAAAUUCGGGAGAACAGUCCAGUGGGUACAUACAUCGCCACGGUGGCCGCCAGCAGCAGGUCCUCAGUGGUUUAUGAGAUUUUGGGAGCGAAUGACUCAUUGUAUUUCCAGAUUAGUCCAAACUCUGGAGUUCUUCGUACACGCAUCGUGUUUGAUUAUGACCAAGAGGAGUUCCGCUCCUUCAAUGUGACUGUGCGAGCCACUAAUAUGGUGGGUGCCUAUACUCAGACGUCAGUCUUCGUACAUGUUCUGGACGUCAACGACAACGCACCAGAGUUCUUGCAGGAGCAGUAUGUGGGAGAGAUCAGCGAGUCUGCUGAAGCCAACAGCGUGGUGCUGACCAAUGAGAGCCUGCCACUUGUCAUCAAGGCAUUGGACAGGGACUCCUCUAGUCUCAAUGCCUUCAAGAUUUACUACAUAGAUACACCAAAGGCUGAGAAGUAUUUUAAUAUCAACCCUAACACUGGGGCUAUACGUACCAACAUGAAACUGGACCAUGAGGACAUCACCGAAUUUGACUUCUUGGUUCAAGUGAAGGAUAUGGGUACGCCACAAUUAAGUGCUGAGGUUGCAGCCAAGGUCAAGGUGAAAGUCAUUGACGUGAAUGAUUCCCCACCAGUAUUUAACCUGGGGUCCUACCAAGCCACUGUCCUGCUGCCCACACAUCAGGAUGUAGCCGUGGUUACCGUAGGAGCAUUUGACCCAGAUACUGGGAUAUCUAGUCAGCUGAAGUACAGCAUCACGGGCGGAGACGAGGAGAAUAAAUUCAGCAUCGAACCUUUAACGGGCAUGAUCAGAGUACGGGACGAGAACAACCUGAGCAGCAGGUACGAUCUGUUGGUUAAUGUCACGGAUGGAAAGUUUAGUACACGAACCACAGUCACAGUAAACAUUAAACAGACAGAGGACAGUGGAUUGAGGUUCACCCAGAAACAGUACAAUGCCUCGGCCAUGGAGAACAAGACCACUGUGGACCAAGUGACCAUGGUCCAAGUUGUGGGAUACCAACUGAACGAGCAGCUCACCUUCUCCAUCUUGAAUCCCACUGACAUGUUCACCAUUGGACGUACCUCAGGCGUGCUGCGGACCACCGGCAAACCGUUUGACCGUGAGAAGCAGGACGUGCACAAGGUGGUGGUGGAGGUGCAAGACAGUCACCCCAGGCCACGCGUCGCACAUGUAGUCGUGCACGUCAACAUCCUGGAUAUGAAUGAUAACGCCCCCAUGUUUGUGAAUGAGCCGUACCAUGCUGUGGUGUCCAUUGAUGCCUUGCCAGGAACUACUGUGAAGAAGGUAGAGGCAGUGGACCAAGACAUAGGCAGGAACAGCAAGGUGCAGUACAGCAUCAUCAGUGGUGAUGACGGCAAGUUUCAUAUCAACAGUGCGACGGGAGAGCUUUCUCUUCAGCAACCCCUCCAGGAGAGUGACCAGAACCACGAGUUUAUGGUGUUAGUGGAGGCAGAAGACCAGGGAGAAGAUGUCCAACUGAGGUCCCGUGUAGUUGUCCCCAUCCGCGUGAUCAGUCAGGCCACGCCCGUAUUUGAUGACACAUUUUACUCAGUCUCUGUACGUGAGAACACCCCAGUAAACAGCGUCAUCUUCACUCUGGAAGCUAAGAGCCCCAACAACCAGAAGCUGAUCUAUUCUAUCACCAAGGGCAAUAUCUACGACGAGUUUGCUGUCAACUUUAGUAUUGCUGCGGACACCAUAGGCCCAUGUGCCAUCAUCCUGAUAGACAAUUUGGAUGCAGAAUUACGCCAAGGUUACGAGUUGACUGUGCGAGCUACAGAUACCCUAUCUGGAGCUUAUGCUGAGGCACUGGUUGCAGUCACUGUAGUGGAUGUCAAUGACAAGGCGCCCUCUUUUGACAGUCUGGUAUACGUGGUCUCUGUCUCUGAAGCAGUCAGCAUUGGAAGAUCAAUCCUCGCCGUGUCGGCCUACGAUGCUGACAAGACGGCACCCCAUAACUUGCUGAAAUACCACCUAGAAGCAGCGUCUGAAGAUACCAGUGAUCACGUGACAGCCUUUGACAUUGACCCAAGUAGAGGGGUGAUCACCACCAAGACGUACCUCGACCAUGAGACCAAUCCCAAAAUGCACUUUGUUGUUGUGGCAGUAGACAGUGGCUACCCAGCUCUGAGCUCCACUGCUCAUGUCUACGUCACUGUCACAGAUCUCAACGACAACCCUCCAGUCUUCGAUCCACAAUCUUUCUCAGCCACAAUUUCAGACCAGGCCAAAAGAGGCCAGUUUGUUACCAUGGUCACGGCUAUAGAUGGUGACAGCUCUGACGCUGGGCAGCUCAUGUACGCCAUCGUCUCUGGAGACAAAAAAGGAGCAUUCACCAUUGACAGCAGCAAUGGCAUGAUCUAUCUCUCAAGUCUCCGCCAGCCCGAGCUGCAGUCUCUCUAUAUGCUCAACAUCUCCGUCACCGAUGGUGUGUUCACAAACUUUGCCAGGGUUUCCAUCGAUGUAAGAAACUCCAACAACCACCCUCCAGUGUUUCAAGAAUCUCUGUAUGUGGUCGAGUUGGCUGAGAAUGUCCCAAUAGGUCACGUUGUGACCACUGUAACGGCCGAAGACCUGGACAGUGGCUACUAUGGAGCGUUAACCUAUCACCUGAAGAGUGAGAAACUGAAGGAGUUGUUUGAUUUGCAUCCAAAAACAGGUGAGAUUUCAACUUUGGAAUUGCUGGAUAGAGAGUUUGAGCAAGUGUACAAUCUCCCCAUUGUGGCAGUAGACAACGGUGGACGUGUGGGGUUCACAACAGUGAGAAUCAUGGUGUUAGAUGCAGAUGACAACAAACCCAGCUUCUUUGCUCAGGAAUAUAAAGCUAAUGUGUUUGCUGAUGCCGCAGAGGAAUCUAGUGUCAUCAAGGUUGAAGCCUCUGAUGCAGACAUCACUGGGGAGGUCCAGUACAGUAUUGUGGACGGGUCCAGUGCCUCCUCCCUCUUCAAGGUCCACCGUAAAACUGGAGUAGUCAAAGUAAAGAAAAGCUUAAGGGAUUCAGUGAACCAGGUAUUCCAGUUCUUCAUGAGAGCCAAGUCAGUGGGAGGCUCCAACACAGUCAGUGAGGUCCCCAUAGAAAUCCUGGUAAUGGGCCCCUCGGACACGCCCCCACAGCUGGAGUCCCCACCAGGUCCGUACUUUAUAACAGAGGACAAACCUGUCGGCACGGUGGUUGCCAUGGUGAAUGCCAAGUCCGAAGGUAACCAGACGUUGGUCUACAAGAUCAUCCCGGGGCAGAGCCCGAUGACCAACAACCCGGAGAAGUUUCAGAUUGAUGAGCAGGGGAGGAUCUCUGUGAAGGAGGCUCUGGAUUACGAGACCACUAAAAUGUUCACCCUGCACGUGCGCGUGGAGUCCCAGACCACACCCCCUCUGGUGGCAACCGCUGAGGUCGUGGUGCAGUUACAAGAUAUAAACGACAACGCUCCCCAUUUUGACUCCAAGCCUUACAGUAUCAGCAUUCCCGAGAAUGCCAAUAUCGGCAGUAAGGUCAUCCAGAUCAAGGCCUAUGAUAAUGACACUGGGACCAACUCGGACCUCAUCUACAGCUUCAGUAAGGACACUCAGGAAAAGGUGGUCAGUGUCUUCAGCCUGGACUCACACUCAGGGUGGAUCAGUACUUUGGCCGAACUGGACCGCGAGACAGUGGAGGAGUAUGAGCUAGAGGUGGUGGCUGUGGACAGGGGUGUUAAUGUACAGCUUAAUGACACCACCACUGUCAGAAUCCGUGUCACGGACAUCAACGAUGAGCCGCCGAUUUUCAGCAAAGAUGUCUACCAGGGCACUGUUCAAGAGGACGCCCUGCCUGGACAGACUAUCGUUACCGUGACAACAUCAGAUAAAGAUGAAGUUGGGAUUGAUGUGGUGUAUUAUAUUACCAGCGGUGACAUAUUGGGUCAGUUUAAUGUGGAUCGUCAAGGCCAGGUGUAUGUCCGCCGAGCUCUGGAUAGAGAAGAGAAAUCAGAAUAUCGUCUCCAGGUGACGGCCACUGAUGGAGUGUUUGUCACCCACUGUCAGCUGGAUAUUACUGUACUAGACACCAAUGACAACACACCUGACUGUGGACAGCCUCUACACCAGGUGGUGAAACCAGAAGACUUUGAGGUUGGUGGCUUUGUGGGACGUAUCCAGGCAACAGAUGCUGACCAGCCAGGCACGUCACACGCACAGAUAGAAUAUAGUCUAGAGGGCGCUGGGGCAUACAUGUUUGAAAUGAAUGAAAAGACAGGUAUCAUCACUACAGUUGCCCCCCUGGACAGGGAGACGGCUGCGGAGUACCAGCUGAUGGUGAGGGCAGUAGACAGGGGGGGAAAGUCCUGCACCACAGAGCUGUAUGUCACCCUCAUUGAUGUAAAUGACAACCCACCCAGGUUUGACAGAACUGAAUACACAGUGGCCAUCCCUGAGAAUGCUGAACCCAAUACCCUCCUCACCAGGGUCUCUGCCAUUGAUAGUGAUAUAGGUUUAAAUCGUAAGGUACACUACCUGAUGUUGGAGUCCAAGAUCCCGUUCAGAAUCAACCCUGACAGCGGAGUGAUAAGUUUGAACAGUUCACUGGACAGGGAGACCAAGGCCUUCUAUAAUGUCACAGUGUAUGCCUAUGACAAGGGUACUCCCAGCUUGACUUCCUCCGCGCAGCUACUGGUCAGCGUGACGGACAUCAACGACAACCCUCCAGUGUUUAGUCGGUCCAUGUACGCUGUGAGUGUGCGUGAGGACAAGCAGCUGACCAGUGUGGUGACCACUGUGAAGGCCACUAGCAAGGACAUCGGGGAAAAUGCCAGGAUUGCUUACUCCAUUGUGGGCGGGAACAACCAAGGUGUAUUUGCCAUUGACGCAGAGACAGGUGAAAUCUCAGUUCAGAAGCUGCUGAACUAUGAGCUGGUCAAGGAGUAUGUGUUGACCGUUGAGGCCAGAGAUCAUGGCCAGAUUCCUCUGAGUGACCAGGCGGUCGUCAGGAUUAACGUGACAGAUUACAAUGACAACGCUCCUAUCUUCAGUGAGGCAGUGUUCAGUGUUUCUCUGAGAGAGGAUGUGGAUGUGGGAUAUAGUGUUAUACAGGUGCAGGCUGAUGACAGAGACAGUGGCGAGAAUGCUGCCAUCACCUAUGCCAUCACCAAGGGAGACAAACUGGCUCAGUUUAAAAUUAACCCCAAGACAGGAGAAAUAAAGGUUCAGGAGGCUCUUGAUAGAGAAAUGAUUCCCAAAUACAGCCUUGAAGUGACCGCCACUGACCAGGGCAGUCCACCUCUGUCCACUAAUGUGGUGGUCAUUGUAGAAGUGGGAGAUGCCAAUGACAACCCACCUGAGUUCUCUCAGAGCAAUUACACAGCUGUGGUACAGGUUGACGAGACGGGUAGGAGUGUACGACGUCGAGUGCUCGCAGACACCCAAGCAAUCAGAGAGGAUCGUGAGGCAGGAUUUUCCACAUUGAGGUUCAUAGUAAGUGACCAGGACACCAGGAUUAAUGGGCCGCCGUUCACUUUUAACAUCAUUGAAGGAAACUACAACAACGAGUUCCGCAUCAAUGACAAUGGCGUGUUGAUCACCACGGCAACGUUUGACCGCACAGUACAAGAUGUGUACGAUUUGAUAGUGCGGGUCCAUGAUAACGGCACUCCUCGCUUGUUCUCCGACACCUAUGUCACUGUGAGGAUCAUUGAAGAGCCGACCUAUCCGCCUCAGAUUACCCCACUGACAUUAUCAAUUAGCUCAUACUUGGAUGAGUUUCCAGGAGGCACUAUUGGGAGGAUCAAGGCUGUCGACAGGGACACAUACGAUAAACUGACCUAUAACUUGGUCUCUGAUCGAAGUCUGUUUUCUAUCAGUGAGCAGAAUGGUACCAUCACUGCCUUCAGUGGGCUGGACGCUGGCAUGUACAUCCUGAAUGUCAGCGUCACGGAUGGGAAAUUUGUCACCUAUGGAGAGGUGAAGCUGGACGUGUCUGUCAUCACUGAGGACAUGGUGGAGCACGCGGUGGCCGUCCGUUUUAAGAACAUGCUCCCUGAAGAGUUUAUUACACUACAUAAGAACAAGUUCAGGCAAAUCCUUUGGCAGGGAUUGACCCCACGCAUUCAGGACAUCUACAUUCUCAGCGUGCAGCCUGCACAUUUGACAACACCAGAAGUCCGAGAAAAACGAGAUGUCAGCUCAGAUCUUGAUGUUCUGUUGGCUGUUGAGAAAUCUCGUAGCACCUACUACAAACGCAGAGCUCUGCACAGAAAGCUGACCCAAGCUAAAGACAGAAUGGAAACUGAAAUGGGUGUGCAAAUUUUAAAAAUCGUGGACGAUGUCUGCAAGCGUGACGACUGCGACAAAGGCUCCUGUGAAAUGAUGAUCCAUUUUGACAGGAGCCAAGUUCAGCCAAUCAUCACCGAGAGCGAGAGCUACGUGGCUGCGAAGUUCCAACUGGUCCCAGAAUGCCGCUGUAGGCUGGGCUAUGGCGGUGACAGGUGCUCACAGGUGAUCAACGAGUGCUCUGAUAAUCCAUGCCCAGCAUACAAAGAGUGUGAGCCAGAUAUGAAUGGAUACAAAUGUAUCUGUCCGCGUGGCAAGACAGGACCCAAGUGUCUGAUGGAUCUUCCAGAGGACAUCAACAACUGCUUAGACUCCACGUGUAUGGAGCAGAAACCCCUCAUGUUCUCAGGUGACAGUUUUGCCCACUGGAUACUGAAGGAGACCAUCCGUCGCCGCCUCAGUUUGUCCAUGAGCCUCCGCACCCUGCAGGCAUCAGCUAUGUUGAUGUAUGCCACAGGGGAGUCUGAUUUCAGUGUGCUAGAGCUGUCCAAUGGCUACAUCCAGUACCGCUUUGACUGCGGCAGUGGGCCAGGAUUGGUCAGAAUCUCUCAGCAGAAGAUCAACGAUGGCAGCUGGCACAAAAUCACAGUAGAGCGCCAUGGCAACCAUGCUACCCUCACGCUUGACGACAAGUUCACAGAUGAGGCCAAUGCCCCAGGGACCCACAUCGUGGUAAACCUGUAUGGGAACUCUGUGUACUUUGGUGCCGAAGUACAAGACAGCACGCAGACCAUACGGCAGAGCUUCCUUGGUUGUAUGAAGGAGGUGAAGGUCAAGGGGCAGAUAUUACCAUAUAAGAACAGCAAUGCUGUUGCAACAGUGCAGAAGUUAUCCAAUGUGAAAUUUAGUUGUGAUGCAGAUUUGCCUGGCAUAGGUGUGUGUCGCAGUAUUCCAUGUCAUAAUGGAGGCACAUGCACCCCAACACCAGGUCAGUCUUCUGGAUUCCGCUGCGACUGCCACUCCCGCUUUAAGGGGGUGACCUGUGAAUUUGACAAGGACCCCUGUGCUAGCAGCCCCUGUUUACAUGGAGGUACCUGUAUUAAUCUGUCCAAUGACUUCCGCUGUCACUGUAAGGGGCAGAUCACAGGCAAGAGGUGUGAUUAUGGCUUCUACUGUCUGCCCAACCCUUGCAAAAAUGGAGGAGUAUGCAGCGAGGGCCUGACUGGGCCCACUUGCAACUGUGGGAACAAUUUUGAAGGUCCUCACUGUGAGUACGACAUUGACGAGUGCAAGGUGAGAAAUCCGUGCAAGAACGGAGGCAGCUGUCACAACACCUAUGGCGGCUUCAUCUGUAACUGUACCAAAGGAGGUCAAGGUGACCUGUGUGACGUCAUCGACUUCCCUGUCUCCGUCACUGCGGGCAAAUUUGGAGUUGGCUUUGAUAUAGAGGAGAUAGCUGUCACAGCAGGUUGUGUGGUUGGCAUCCUUUUUAUCGUCAUCAUCUUUGUGGUGGUGAGGCGCCAUGUUGUACGAAAGAAACGCAGACAGGAGAGGAUUCGCCAAGAUGCUCUGGACAACGAGACAGACAACAUGAUUCUGAACUGUAACCAGGAAGAGUACAGCAGAAGCAAACUCAGCAACAUUGAUGCAGCAGCAGUGGUUCCGAACAUUCCUCCCAGCCCGCGACCGCCCCCUGUCCCCAACCGUCCCGCCUCGUACACGCCAAGUACGCACGACUCCGUGAACACGCUGAACAACUUCGACACAGUCAGGAAUUAUGGGAGUGCCGCGGAGGAGUUGGAGAGCAUCCAUAUGCCUAUAGUGAUCCCAGAAUUCCUGCAGAAUUUGAACUUUGAGAAAUCUGGGGCUAGUAUUGCUCCUAGUCUGCCUACAUUGUCUGCCUCUGACAGCGAGUCCAUCCAGAAACCUGCCUGGGAGUUUGAAUACCCCAUGUCAAACAACAUGGAGACCUUCACUGGAGGUGACCCCAAGAGCAGUACUGACAGCAGACUGACGGCACUCCAGCAGGCCAGGCAACAGUUCCAGGAUGCAGGCCCUGGAUCUAUGAGCAGUCUGCAGGAGUCUGAGGAUGAGAUGGGUUACCACUGGGAUGCCUCAGACUGGGCCCCUAACCCAGCAUUACCUAACAUCACAGAAGUGCCUAUGAAGGAAGUCCCAGACUCUCCAGCCUCCAGUAGCAGGAGUAACCAAAGCGGAGGCUCCAACACUGUGAUAGCCAAUGAGGCCUCUGGAAGCAACCCACCCAUGCAGUACAGCAACCAGUACCCCUAUGAUUCAGAAUUCCCAGAAUAUGAUUCAGAAUAUGUGGGAGACUCGGAAUAUGCUGAGAAUGAGGAUGACGACGAUGAUGACGAGUUUGAUGACAAUGAUGACAAUUUAGAUUUCCCUGAACCUCCCAAUUUUGAGCAAAUCUUACAGUUACAGGGAGAAUUGAAUUAUGACGAUAAUUACCAACCUGGGCAGCUGAAUUACAAUCUCCACCCCAACCAGUACCUUCCCAACUAUAAUGUGGAUGGGAAUGGAGAUCACGAUCGCUGGCCCGAACCCCCUCGGGAGCCUCAGAACAAUAUGGCUGCAGGUGACAAUAAUGUUCAAUACGGUUUCCCCAAUGUGCCAAGACGUUUCCCCAUGGAUUAUUACACGGACUAUGACCAAUCCGCAGCCUCGGCUGUGGAUGACAUGAGUGUGUCGAUGGGUGGCUAUACAUCAACUAACGCCUCCAUGUCUGACAUCUCGGGACUGUGUGAAAUAGAGGACAGCGAAAUUAACCUCAGUGACAAUGAUAGUGACGAUAAUAUCUCAUCAAAGAUGUCCAACGCACAUUUGCACACUCAAGUGUGACAACAUUGCUGCCAUUGAAACCUGCUGAACAAGGUUAAGGUGUCCUUUGAUUAUAAAUUACUGAGCUGAAAAUCUCAGUCAUGUCACUAGCAUUCUGAGAAAUCCAACAGUUUUUGUUUUUUUCAGUGUUUUAUGUUGGAUACAAUCAAUGUCACAUGUUGUGUAAGUUUUAAAGUGUAUGACUUUGUAUCUCUAGUGUGGACUUGGGUCCUUUGGACAACAGUACAACAGCAUUCAAUAUCUAGAGAGCUGAAGAUUAUCAUUUUACAAUUCAGGAAGUAGCUAGGAAAUCGUACUUUUAAAGACCAUUUUAGAAUUGUACAGUUGUUAUUCCAAUGAAGUAAAAUGAGGUUGCCUUAAAGAGACAUAAUUUGUUUACGGUGGUGUAGCAUCAGAUGCCUUGGUCACUGUUGGCAUGGUUACAGUUAUUCUGUAAGAAUCGUUGCUAUGCCAUUGUCGGUUACCAUAGCAACCACUGUCAUGGCAUCUUCCACUGCAACAUUUGAAAUGCAAUACUGGUGCUGAGGUUUAGAAGUGCUCUUGUGAGCACAGAUGACAAAUAAAGACAGGUAUUUGUAUAAUAUGAUUAUAUAGGUCUAGAUUUGUAUCUGGUGCAUUUAACUGAUUAAUGAACAUUGCCUUCGUGAGGAGCUCUAUGAGCUCUCUUCAGGUGACCUAUGCAGAUGCACACAAUGCAUUUUGUACAGUUCCAUUGCUGUAUGUAUUUUAUCAACACAUCAUAUUUGUGUUUGCUUUUUCAAUCUUCAACCAAGCUCUGUAUCAAAGCAAAAUGCACAGAAUGUUUAAAUAACAAAUAUUGUUCAAUGUAUCAAUCUGAAAUGUUGAAAUAGAGGCUAGUUUGUGGAGCUAUUUAGAAAGUGGACCAAAGAAUAUUUAAGUGAAGUUAAUGUGUACAGAUAAGUGUUUUGUUCUUUGUAGUGGGAAUAUUGGUCAUUUUUAGUUUAAAAGCAUGCAUACCUAUCCAAAUUGUAUAUUUUGGAUGGCUGAAUAUCGGCACAAUGCCAUGUGUUUCAUUCAUUUGUGAAGUCAGUAUUUCAAUUUAUUAGCCUGUACAUAAGAUAAGCAAUUGAAAAUUAUAGACCCUGCAUAUCCACAUCGAAUAGUUCAAUUUUUUCUUCAUUUGUGUAUAUUUUGUUACGAGCCUCCUUUCCCAUGACACGUGGAAAUCGAGACACAGAGGUUUGAAUUGUGUGGGGAGGUGUGCCUUUUCUAUUUCGUGUGGUCUAAGUGCCUGAUCUCGUAUUAAAGAAAAACAAAAAGCAGCUUUACAUGUGCUUGUGGUGAACUUGGUAUACAUACAAACAUACAUGAAUACAAGUCAUUUUCUACUGGUGCCAUUGUAAAUUUAUUCAAGUUAGAAGGUGAAGUCCACAGAAACAGUGUAUUUAAAUAAGAGAGCUUUAUAAUUGGCUCGAAUGAAGGUUUUCGUAAUAUUUUCUGUAUUUAAGUGUCGUGGUAAUUGAGAAUUGUGUCAAAGAAGUAGAAGAAGAAACACAAAGUGUAACUUACUGUCAGGGUUCUAGAACACCUGUCUCGGGUGAAGUGGCUGGGACACUGUUAGAGUAGUGUACUAGUACUGGGGUCUUCUGGCGUCCGUUGCAAGACGCUGUAGGAGGCAUGCCAUAGGAAUGACUGGUUGUCAGUACAUCGUGUAGGAUUAUUUUACGUCACAUGGAAAUAAAUUUUAUACGCAUUUCAUACCAA